AUGAACUUCAUCUGCAGCUUCGAGCGGCUUGGUAUGUCGAAGCGAUUUGUUUUGUUUGCUGCCGAUAAAAAUGCCUACGACGGUCUUGUUCGCAACUUCCCAGACGCAACCGUCAUUUUUCACCCUCACGUGAGGAAAUUUGCUCAGGCCAUGGCAGACAGGACAAAUGUGAUGUUUUUCAGUCGAGUGUUGAAAUUGGCUGUUGCACAGAUCUUGCUUGAUACAGGGCGUGAUGUGCUUAUCACGGAUACCGAUAUCGCCUGGAUUCGGGACUCGUCGGAGGUCCUUCACGAGUCCGGCUUGGAUUUCGCUGCGAUGCCAGACUCUUGCGCACACGACAUUAAUUCAGGUUUCGUUUAUUACCGCAAUGUUCCGCAAACAAGGGACUUGCUUCACAUGUCUCUGAGCACAUGGAGGGAGAGUUGGUUUUGUGGUGAUAACGACCAGUACGUGCUCAACUGCGGCUGGAAACGGGCCGCAAUCAAGGGCCUCAACUACAGAGUGCUGCCCGCAAACUCGUGGUCAACCAGAUGCACAGGCAGCAUACGUUGCACAUGUACAUCGUCAUUCAAAUCCGUUGAUGACACGUACGGGCGAAAAAUGUUUGGAGUGGGAGAUGGUUACCCGUAUGCUUAUCACACAUAUGGCAUGACAGCCAAUUACAAAAACGAGCUUGAUAUGCUCACUGCGCUUGAUAUGGUCGAUGUGGAUUUUCAGACUGGCCAGUGCAAAAAAGGCCCCAAGUCGAUCUCAUUAGACACACUAGUAAAACAAUGCUCCACUCAAGAAGGCGGCAUUGUCCACGCCAUGUGCAGUGACUCGUGCAAGACAGAGCCAGUCCGUGCAGAAGCCAUUGUUGCUAGCCUCGAAUCUCGCUUGGCCUGA